UAAUAACCAAUAAUAAUCACAUUUCAUAUUUCACAUUUUAGAAUUAAUGAAACGUUAGUGGCUGAAAUUAGGGAUCAGUUUUCAUAAAUCGCGGAUAACAGGACUUUAGGAGAGAUCACAAGGAUUACAAGAUAACUAUUUAUUGUUAGCUGUGUUGGCGAUGGAAAGUCUAUACGGGAACAAAACCAACAACAGCAAUCAUAAAGAAUUUACACCAAAUGCUGGAAUCUAUUUUCUCGUCGUGACAAUAGUCAUGACUGCCAUAGUUUCAAUAUUUGGUAAUCUUCUGGUUCAUAUUGCAUUUUGGCGCGAUACAAGUCUCAGGAAGUCUUCACCAGCAAUUUUGGUGAUGGCUUUAGCAACAUCAGAUUUCUGUAUGGCAGCGUUUAUCAUGCCUCUUACAGUAAUGACAGCGCUCCACGGUGAAUGGCCACAAAGUCAUGAUCUUUGUGUUGCAUCAGGCUUCCUUAAUACUGUACUGACCGCAAUACAAUUUGGUAUAUUGUUCAGUAUCAGUGUCAAUCGUUACAUAGCAGUUACAUUUCCGCAUCGUUAUCAACUGAAUUGGAAACCAACGACCACUUACAAAAUGCUUUUAAUUGUAUUGUUACACAGCCUCUUGUGGUCUAUAGCACCAUUUUGUGGAUGGGGUGGUUAUGACUACAUACAUGGAACUUUAUUCUGUAACAUCAAUUGGUCACAACAUAAGGCACACUCUACGUCUCUUCUAGUCUUCUGUUAUAUUAUUCCUGCUGUUGUAGCCUCCAUGCUGUAUAUUGCAGUGUUCUUGAAGGUACGCAAGAUUCGUCAAUCUCAACAGAGAGAAGUUAAUCAAAUGGAUUCAGGAUCAGGUCAGGAAACAGGAUCGACUUCGAUUGAAAAAAAUGAGAGAAGUUCUAAUAACGGAGACAACUGUAGAACCUGUGAAAAUGAACCAUCUUUGUCUCCUGGAACACGAGGAGAUAUCCACGGUAGUUAUGUAUCCGUUAACUCAGUCAUCCGCUUACGUAAGCGUGAAUUACAAGUGACAAGUAGUCUACUGUUGGUUGCAACAGCAUUUGCUAUCUUUUGGUUACCAAGGGGAUUGGUGAACUUCAUUGCGAUCGUAAAUGGACGUGACUCAAUUCCGAGAGCCGCCGAGUACACAACGACAGUGUUCAUCUUUAUGUCAAGUUUCAUAAACCCAAUUAUAUACGCUUUCUUUCAGAGGCAAUACAAGAAAGCCUUCAAAGAGAUACUCAGUGGAAUGAUAAUGUACUUUAGGCAAUAAAUGACGGCCGUUUAUGUCUUUUAUAGUAUCAUAGUGGAAAAAAUGCAAAAAUAGUUUUUAAUGAUUGUCAUUUAGUUUAGGCCACAUUACGAAUAGUUUGUAAAUUGAAAAUUUAAAAAAUAGCACAUUAAUGAAUCAAAGAAAAGUCAAUAUUGUAGAACUUGCCAUUGGGAGUCCUGGAAACAAGAUUUGCUCACUCCAGUUCAUGGGUAUGGAUUUAAUGGUUCAUAAUGAACGAGAGUGUGUUUUUUACAUUGUUCAUCCGCCUGGUGACAAUCUAUUAGUUUGAGCUUUUUGUCCAAACAUAUCAAUAUUUCUUGCACUCGUUCUUUUUUCUGCAAUAAAUAAAUAUAUUUGAACACCAA